UCCUUAACCCAGGUCUCUACAUGGUUUGAGCACGUCUCCAUGAUCGUGAUUCUCCUGAACUGUGUGACUCUGGGGUUGUACCAACCCUGUGAAGACGUCACCUGUCAGGCCGAGUGGUGCCUCAUACUACAGGUGUUUGAUGACUGUAUCUUUGCGUUCUUCGCGGUGGAGAUGGUCAUUAAGAUGGUGGCUCUGGGGAUCUUCGGUUCUAAGUGUUACCUUGGCGACACCUGGAACCGACUGGACUUCUUCAUCGUCAUGGCAGGGAUGAUGGAGUACUCUCUAGACGGACACAACGCUAGUCUGUCCGCUAUCAGGACCGUACGUGUGCUGCGGCCGCUCCGGGCAAUCAACAGAGUGCCUAGCAUGCGUAUCCUGGUGACUCUGCUACUAGACACUCUCCCCAUGCUGGGUAACGUCCUGCUCCUCUGUUUCUUCGUCUUCUUCAUCUUCGGCAUCGUCGGCGUGCAGCUGUGGGCGGGGCUACUGAGAAACAGGUGCUUCAUGGGAGAAGACUUCAGAACGCUCUAUAACUUGUCGUUAAGUGUGUACUACCAGCCGGAGGAGAGCGAGGAGGACCCCUUCAUCUGCUCAGCAAUUCGGGAGAAUGGAAUGUUGCGUUGCCAUGACGUCCCGCCCUACAGCGAGGGAGGGGCCGAGUGCUCACUGCCCGCGCCCUCUCUUGGCGGGGAGGACGGGGCCAGAGACGGAUGUGUGAACUGGAACCAGUACUAUAACGUCUGUCGGCCCGGCAACGUCAACCCUCACAAAGGAGCGGUGAACUUUGACAACAUAGCUUACGCAUGGAUAGCCAUCUUCCAGGUGAUAACUCUGGAAGGCUGGGUGGACAUCAUGUACUACGUUAUGGAUGCUCACUCCUUCUACAAUUUUAUAUAUUUUAUACUGCUCAUCAUAGUGGGCUCUUUCUUCAUGAUCAACCUGUGCCUGGUAGUCAUAGCGACCCAGUUUGCGGAGACGAAGCAGCGCGAGAACGCGUUGAUGCGCGAGCAGCGAGCGCGUUACAUGUCCAACGACAGUACUCUGGCCAGCUACAGCGAACCGGGAUCCUGCUAUGAAGAGAUGCUGAGAUACGUCUCACACCUCUACCGUAAACUGACCCGACGAGUACAACGUCUGUACACAACCUGGCACAGUAAGCGUCGUAAGAAGGUAAACCCUAACGGAGGAGGAAGUGGCCCGGGGGUCGGCCGCAGAACGUCCAGAAACGCCCCCUGGCUCCGCCCCGUACACAACCUGCUGCAGCAUCACCAGCGCCACCACUGUCGGCACAGCAACGGAGGACACCCCCCCGUAGCAACAGGUGGGGAGGAGCUGGAGAUGAGGUCACUUCCUGGCCCGGGUCGUGACCCCUCUGUGACCCCUGGGCUGGGGUCGUCUCUCCUGGGUCGUCUGAACGGAGGGAUGAACUACCCCACCAUCCUGCCCUCCUUCAUCUGCAGCUUCACCCCCACAAACCCCCACAACCCCCUCCCCACACACCCCCUCAAACCCCUACCCCCGGACCCCCUCAGCAAGCUGCACCAACUCAUGGGACAGCACAGCCGUCCUCGGCUGCUGUACCAGCUGGCUGGCGUGGUGCCCUCCCCGCUUCUCCUGGAGCUGUUGGGCUGCCCGCUGUGUGCCCGCGCCCUAGAGGGCAUGGAGCUGGACCUGAGCGACCCGGAGGGUUCUAGGGGAGAGGCGCACACCCUGCACGACUUCCCCCAGGGAGGAGAGGGACGCGGCGGCCGUGGGAGGCGCCUGCGCAAGGCGGGGCUGGGGGCGGGGCUGGGGCUCGGGGUGAAGAGGGCCGGUAACAGACUGGUGGAGCUGGGGACAGGAUUCAGAGACAGACUGAAACGCAUCGUAGACAGCAAGUACUUCAACAGAGGGAUAAUGACUUCCAUCCUCAUCAACACUCUCAGUAUGGGGAUAGAGUACCAUCAACAGCCGGUGGAGUUGACAGACAUCCUGGAGAUCAGUAACAUCGUGUUCACCUGCAUGUUCCUCCUGGAGAUGCAUUUCAAGCUGCUGGCCUUCGGUCUCUUCGGCUAUAUCAAGAGCCCCUACAACAUAUUCGACGGUAUCAUCGUCAUCAUCAGUGUAUGGGAGAUCAUUGGCCAGGCGGACGGCGGUCUGUCUGUCCUGCGUACGUUCCGUCUGCUGCGCGUCCUAAAGCUGGUCAGGUUCCUGCCCGCCCUGCGCAGACAGCUGGUGGUUCUGAUGAAGACGAUGGACAACGUGGCCACCUUCUGCACACUGCUCAUGCUCUUCAUCUUCACCUUCAGUAUCCUAGGCAUGCACCUGUUUGGGUGUAAAUUCAAUCUGCAGAUGGAGAACGGAGACACCAUCCCAGACCGCAAGAACUUUGACUCGCUACUCUGGGCCAUCGUCACUGUGUUCCAGAUCCUGACUCAGGAGGACUGGAAUGUGGUCCUGUAUAACGGCAUGGCCUCUACCUCUCCUCUCGCUGCUCUCUACUUUGUAGCUCUGAUGACCUUUGGGAACUACGUCCUCUUCAACCUGCUGGUGGCCAUCUUGGUGGAGGGCUUCCAGGCUGAGGGUGACGCCAACCGGGCGGACUCUGACGAUGACAAGAGGUCUGAUGACGAUGGAGAGGAGAAGGUUGGAGAGCUGAAAGACACAGAGCUGAAGAUGUAUUCUCUGAUGAUGACGGCCAACGGUCACGCGGACCGCAACACUCUGGCUCCUCCAAUAAUCAUCACGCGCACGGCGGCGACCCCCGUGCCGACGCCCAAGAGCUCAUUGGGCCCUGAGUCCGUUCUGGGGGAGGAGCUCGUGUAUGGAGAUGUUUGUUCAGGGUAUUCGGCGCCGGGGAUUGACGACGCCGAUUCUCGUCACGGCAACGCGGGUGCUUCCAUAGACCCCUCAGCCUACGACCAGCGCUCUCUGUCCAGCCCCGGCCAGCACUCGCCCCUCCCUCCCAGAGGUCAGGGGUCAGUCAGUGGGUGGGGCAGCAGGAGGUCAAGUUGGAACAGCCUCAACCGCGCCCCCAGCCUCAAACGCAGCAAAACCAGCGGAGAGAGAGAGAGUCUGCUCUCAGGGGAGGGAGGAGGGGAGGAGGAAGAGGGGUCCUCGGAGCUGCUACAGGUGUCCUCUCUGGGCCCGUCGGUAACAGGGGAGUACGGGGACUGUAACGGGAGGAGUCUUCAUCACAUGACCUAUGACCCCAACAAGGACCUUUCACCUGACGAUGACAUGGAGGAGGACAACCUGUGGUUCCGGGUCAGGAGAACGCUGCAGAGCCACAAGCCGCGCUGGUGCAGAGAACAUGAAGACUGGAACCUCUACCUGUUCUCCCCUCAGAACUCGUUCCGUGUGUGGGCUAAGGGGAUGAUCUCUCAUAAGAUGUUUGAUCACGUGGUCCUGAUCUUCAUCUUCCUCAACUGCAUCACCAUCGCUCUGGAGAGACCCGGCAUACAGCCUCACAGCACCGAGCGAGUGUUUCUGAGUGUCUCCAACUACGUGUUCACUGUCAUCUUCCUGGCUGAGAUGACUGUCAAGAUUGUAGCGUUGGGGUUCUGCUGGGGUAAACAGAGCUACCUGAAGAGCAGCUGGAAUGUUCUGGAUGGGAUCCUGGUGUUUGUCUCUCUGUUGGACAUCCUGGUGUCUCUGGCCUUGACCGGAGGGAACCGCAUCCUGGGAAUCCUCAGAGUACUACGCCUGCUACGCACACUACGACCUCUCAGGGUGAUCAGUCGAGCCCCAGGGCUGAAGCUGGUAGUAGAGACUCUGAUCACGUCUCUGAGACCCAUUGGAAACAUCGUUCUCAUCUGCUGCGCUUUCUUCACCGUGUUUGGAAUACUGGGAGUACAGCUGUUUAAGGGUAAAUUCUACCUCUGUGAAGGCCUGGACACCAGAAACAUCACCACCAAGUCAGACUGUCUGCUGGCCAACUACCGCUGGACACGCAGGAAAUACAACUUCGACAACCUGGGACAGGCGCUGAUGUCCCUGUUCGUGCUGUCCUGUAAGGAUGGAUGGGUCAACAUCAUGUAUGAUGGCCUGGAUGCAGUGGGAGUAGACCAGCAGCCGGUGAGGAACCACAACCCGUGGAUGCUCCUCUACUUCAUCUCCUUCCUCCUCAUCGUCAGUUUCUUCGUCCUCAACAUGUUCGUGGGCGUGGUCGUGGAGAACUUCCACAAGUGUCGUCAGGACCAGGAAGAGGAAGAGCAGCGGCUACGGGAAGAGAAGAGGCUCAAAAUCCUGGAGAAAAAGCGCAGGAGUAAGGAGAAGGAUGGGUCCGAGGCCCAACAGAGACCCUACUAUGCAGACUACUCCCCGGUGCGUCUCACCAUCCACACGUUGUGCACCAGCCACUACCUAGACCUCUUCAUCACCGUCAUCAUCGGCAUCAACGUCGUCACCAUGAGCAUGGAGCAUUACAACCAGCCACAGUAUCUGGAGGAGGCUCUGAAGUACUGUAACUACCUGUUUACCUGCAUCUUCGUCAUCGAGACGCUGCUGAAACUAGUGGCCUUCGGACUGCACAGGUUUUUUAAAGACAGGUGGAACCAGCUGGACCUCGCCAUAGUGCUACUGUCCAUCAUGGGCAUCACUCUGGAGGAACUAAAGAUGAACGCAUCACUACCCAUCAACCCCACCAUCAUCAGGAUCAUGAGAGUCCUGAGGAUCGCUCGAGUGUUGAAGCUGUUGAAGAUUGCUACAGCCCUGAGGAUCACUAGAGGUAGACACAGUACUGAGGAUCACUAGAGGUAGACAGAGUAC